AUCGUGCGUGAAUGACACCACAGACUGUAUUCGUAACUGUAGUUUGAACGACUCGGAUCCUCAAUGGUUAGACCCUGUUUUCACCGACAUGACAGAGGCAGCCCGACUAGCCGUCACUGUCCUCUACUGUGUCAUCUUCGCGGUUGGCGUGGCCGGAAACAUCCUGGUGUGCGUGGUCGUGUGGAGGUGUCUGGACAUGCGCACAACGACCAACUACUUCCUAGUGAACCUGAGCUUGGCGGACCUGCUGUUCCUGUUGAUAUGUGUGCCUGUGGGACUGAUGGACACAUGGAUAGUCUACCCCUGGUACCUGGGCGAGACCAUGUGCUACCUGUUUCCGUAUGUGGAGUUGGUGGUGUUCCAGGCCUCUAUCCUCACCAUCGCCGCCAUCAGCGUGGAGCGGUACUUCGCCAUCUGCCGCCCGCUCCAGGCCAUGUACGUCCUGACCCGCCGCCGGACCUUCAUCGCCAUCGCGCUGAUCUGGCUGCUGUGUCUCCUCCUCUGUAGCCCGGUCUUCACCAUCACUGUCUUCAAAGUGGAAGAGUUCCACGAUCCGAACGAGUGUUCCCCGACAUACCUGGCUUACGGCUGUCUGUCCAUCGCCCACACCACCUCGGCUGUGGCCUACUUCACAACCAUCACCCUCCUGUUUCUGGUGUUUCCCCUGGGUCUGCUGUGCGGCCUAUACAUCAGCAUAUGCCGCAAACUGUACGACGUGCCGCUCACGGAGAGCAGAGACUGCCGGAGUCAGCGAGCCAAGAUGAAGUCCCGCCGCCAGGUGUGUCCGAUUUUCCCGUAUGCCACGGUAUGGCAUCUCCAAAACAAUUUUCUCCCAUUUCCUGCUCUUUGUCAGGUGGUGCACAUGCUGAUCUCAGUGGUGGCGCUGUUUUUCGUCUGUCUGACUCCACACCGCGUUCUCCAGACCUGGCUACUCCUCACCACCAACGAAAACAUCGACGCCGAACUGGUGGGAUCGUUCGUGGUGUUCAUCCGCACCCUUGUGUACCUCAACUCAACCCUCAACCCCGUCCUCUACACGCUCGUCUCCUCCAAGUUCCGUAGCGCCCUGGUCCGUACGCUUAGCGGGCGAGGACGCAAGCGCGCCGCCUCCACGAUUUCCACCACCCGCUUCACUGCCGCCAGAAACUCUACCAUCAAGAGCAGCCAGUCCCGGAAGGACACGCUGCAGAUGACCGACCUGAUGCUGGUGCUGCAGUCCCAACAGAAACCGCCAGAGCACAAACUCGUGUUGAGAAAAGUGAUGUCCACACCCUUUUAGAUGUGUUUCUUUAUAUACUAUUAGGCAGCCGCUU